AGGCAGGAGCCAUCUGUUAAAACUGUGAGGUCAGCAUCUGGGAUGGGGUCUCUUGGAGGUCGACUCUUGGAGUUAGCAAGUGGUCCAGGAUUGUAAUGCAGUCAUGAUUGGUGGGGUUAGACUCAUGAUCAUUCGCAACCUGGUCUGUCUCAAGACUAGGGAUCGUCUCUAGAAACUCAGCAGGAUUUAGUACAUUUAGUCUUUUGAUGGUGACAUGGGGCCAUGCCAUUAGCUGUGUUUCAGUUUAAUUUUUGCCAGGCAGCUGCUCAGUAAAUGUUGGGUGUGAUGUGAAUUUAGGAGGGCCUCAACCACAUGGGACACAAAAAGUGUCACAGGCAAAUCAAGUAUAAAGUUCUCACUUUGUUUAAAAAUCUUCUCAGGCAGGGUGGUAGGGCCCCAGCUACUGCAGCCAGUUGUUUGCUAUGAUGUCCUGCUGGUCUGUAAUGAUUUCCGUGUUUCUGUGCUAAAACUCCUACUGCCUUUCCUACUUUUUCCAUAGCAAAAAGCACAAAAAGCAGGGAAGAAUUGGGAAGAUCCAAAGCCGGGGGUUCAGAAAGGGAAGUCUUUAUGGAUUCUCUAGCCUGCUGCUGUUCUUUAGAUAGGCAAAGGGGGUUGGUAUUUUGGUAUGGCAGGGGUAGGCAAUGACAGAGAAUUUGGGUAUCCAGGAUCGACAGUACCCAGCGAGACCCAAAAAGAAGUCAAGGGGAAGAACUAGCAUUAUUUAUCCCGAGAGGAAUAUCACAGAAGGAAGGAAUCAGAAGCCUACAAACAUGGAUACAAGAAACUUAAUUGAAAACCUCAAGGCGGAUCUCACUUGCUCCAUUUGCCUGGCCUACUUCACUGACCCAGUGACUGUCAAAUGUGGCCAUAGCUUUUGCACAGAGUGUCUUCUCCAGUGCAGGGAGGGAGCCAAUGAAACCUUAACCUGCCCAGAGUGCAGAGGAGUCAUCAAAUACAGUGACUUGGUGCCCAACAAGAACCUGCAGAAUCUGUCCAUCACUGGCAAAACACUCAGACCUCAUUUGCUGCAGAGCAUGGUAGGCCUGACCACCUGUAAUCAACAUGGGGGAAAAGAGAAGUUCUUCUGUGAGGAAGACCAGAGACUCCUCUGUGAUUCCUGUUUAUUAGCCCCAGAGCACAAGAAUCAUCAUGUCCUUCCCUUGGAAACAGCUGCUAACAAGUGCAAAGACAAGCUCCAGGACAUAUGUACUAUCUUACAGAAAAAAGAAGAGGAAUUUAAAACUGCAUUGGACAAAGUGAGGAGGAGAAAGACACGCUGUAAGGAGGAUACCUACACUUUGAAACAAUCCGUUACUUCUGAAUAUGGGAAAAUGCACCAGUUCUUAUGGGAUGAAGAAUAUCAAUACUUGCAAAGACUAGAUGAGGAAUCCAGAGACAAUCUGAUCAAACUGGAGGAGAGCAAGGCCAAGUUGUCCCAACAAAUCCAGAAACUGCAGCGAAUGAUUUUGGAAGUAGAAGAGAAUCUGAACAAGAUGCCCUUGGAAAUGCUGCAGGAUAUGAUGGGCACUUUGAAGAAGAAUGAGGAGCUGCUACUUCAAGAACCAGAGCUUGCUUCCCCGUGCUUGACUUCCUGCCCCAUCACAGGCUUGAGACAAGUGCUCAUGAGUUUCCAGAGAGAUAUAACUCUUGAUCCUCAAUCAGCCAAUCCUCAUCUCAUCCUGUCUGAAGAUUUGAAGAAGGUCCAGUAUGCAAGUGUUCCUCAGGACCUGCCAGACAAUGAAGAGAGAUUUGACUAUGUUCUUGCUGUUUUGGGGGCCCAGACCUUCACCUCAGGCAAACACUAUUGGGAAGUAGAGGUGGGAGACAAGACAGAGUGGGAAUUGGGCAUCUGUAAAGAUUCAGUCAGCAGAAAGGGGAAACUCUCCUCCUCAUCUGAGGAUGUAAGGACCCUUUGCACAUCUGGAAAUUGUUUCUUCCUUGUGAAUUCACAAAAUGGCUUCCAACUGAGGCAGCCUAUCCCCAAAGUAGGCAUUUUUCUUGAUUAUGAAAAGGGACAUAUAGCAUUUUAUGAUGUCACAGACAUAUCCCUUAUCUACAGUCCCUCAAACAUAGUCUUUGAAGGGCCUAUUCGCCCUUACUUCUCUUUUGGCAUUCCUAAUGAAGAAAAUACCCCUGGAUCACUCAUUAUUUGCCCCAGAAGUAAUCAAUAGAGGACUGUCCACAAUACUGAUUACUAAGGGUGACUCUCAAUGUAAGAGACUGAAAGUGAUACUGAAAAUAACUUUCUCUUUAUUUGAACUCAUAUUGAAAUGGUCAGCAAAGUGAUGGAUGAUUAUUAAAACCACGAGAAAGUGUAUCUUGUUUA